GUCGCGCUGUUCGUCUCGUGUUGUACCUCGUCAUGCUGCAUAUUUGCGUAAUUAGUUUCUGUCAAAUUACAAAUUCCAGUCAUGCUCGAAAACGCCGCGCGUCCGUCGUCGUCGUCGUCGUCGCGUCAGAGCGCAUGCUCUUACAGUGACUCAAUGUUGCAACCGCCGCGAUUCUCAUCUGUCAUUCACGGAUUGAUCAUCGGCUGCGUGCGAUCGUGCUCGAUAUCGACUACCUCGUCUUCGCCGUCGUCGGCAUCGACCUCAUCUGCUUGUUAAUCCAGCGUGAGCAGAUAAGAGCUGCCGCCGAUAUGGAGGGGCACCGGCAUGGCGACGGUGUUGGCGGCAGCGGGGCACAUCUCGCGGUGGUGGCUGGCAUUUUUGCGACCGGCGGCAGUCUUCUGGGCAAGCUCGCCGGUGGCGCUGAUGCAUCGUCGCUGCCGUCGUUGUUGCUCAAAGCAGCGCUCCUGGCUCUUAUGAUCACGUGCAACACCGUGGGAUGCACGUUUUUUGUCAAAGCGCUCAACGGCAGCGGAUCCUCAUUACCGGUGACGGUCGCCAGCGCAGCCACGAAUUAUGUUUGUUCGGCUCUCGUGGGCUUCGCCGUCUUUGACGAGUCGACGUCGUUGCUUUGGUGGUGCGGCACUUCCUUGGUACUUCUCGGCCUGGCUCUGACCUGUUAUGUUCCCGUCGAAAAGGGUACUUCCGCCGUUGAGACGAGAUUGAAACAACAGUAACCGGCGACGGGCACUCUCUCACGCUAAAAGCAAAGGGCGGAGAUCCUACGACAGAACAGGGCUUACUUCCUCUUCCCUAUUAACACCGCUAAUAUUUAUCUUGUCCUCAUGAUCGUCGCGGACCAACACGAUCGACCAGAGACACUGGCCGUCCUCGAGGAAUUGUGAUGUACAAAACACAAGUAUUAGUAGGCUACUUUAACAUGUAAAAAGGGCUGUGUCGAAUAUAUGUGUUAAAUGAUGUAA